AUGCGCAGGCUCGGGUCUUGGCGCAAGAUGGCGGCGGCGGAUAAACAGAAACAUGAGCACGGGCGGGUGAAGAUAGGGCACUACAUCUUGGGGGACACGCUGGGCGUGGGCACCUUCGGCAAAGUCAAGGUUGGCAAACACGAACUGACCGGCCAUAAAGUUGCAGUGAAGAUCUUGAACAGGCAGAAGAUUCGCAGCCUUGACGUGGUGGGAAAAAUCCGCAGAGAGAUUCAGAAUCUGAAGCUUUUUCGGCAUCCACACAUAAUCAAGCUCUACCAGGUCAUCAGCACACCAUCUGACAUUUUCAUGGUGAUGGAAUAUGUUUCAGGAGGUGAAUUGUUUGACUACAUCUGCAAAAAUGGAAGGCUUGAUGAAAAGGAAAGCAGACGUCUUUUCCAGCAAAUCCUUUCCGGUGUGGAUUAUUGCCACAGGCACAUGGUAGUUCAUAGAGAUUUGAAACCUGAAAAUGUGCUGCUUGAUGCUCACAUGAAUGCCAAGAUUGCUGAUUUUGGCCUCUCAAAUAUGAUGUCUGACGGUGAAUUUUUAAGAACGAGCUGUGGGUCACCUAACUAUGCUGCUCCAGAAGUAAUUUCAGGAAGGUUAUAUGCAGGCCCAGAAGUGGAUAUCUGGAGCAGCGGUGUUAUUCUCUAUGCUUUGUUAUGCGGGACCCUUCCGUUUGAUGACGAUCAUGUGCCAACACUUUUUAAGAAGAUAUGCGAUGGUAUAUUUUAUACUCCUCAGUACCUGAAUCCGGCAGUAAUUAGCCUUCUGAAGCACAUGCUCCAGGUGGAUCCCAUGAAGAGAGCUACGAUCAGAGAUAUAAGGGAACAUGAAUGGUUUAAGCAAGAUCUCCCCAAGUACCUCUUCCCCGAAGAUCCAUCUUACAGUUCAACAAUGAUCGACGACGAAGCCUUAAAAGAGGUCUGCGAAAAAUUUGAAUGCACAGAGGAGGAAGUGCUAAGCUGCUUAUAUAACCGGAAUCACCAGGAUCCUUUAGCGGUGGCCUAUCACCUCAUCAUAGAUAACAGAAGAAUAAUGAACGAAGCAAAAGACUUCUAUCUGGCAACAAGCCCGCCAGAUUCUUUUCUUGAUGAUCAUUUCUCUCGUCCCCAUCCUGAAAGAGUGCCAUUUUUAGUAGCCGAAGCACCAAGGCCGCGCCACACGCUGGAUGAGCUAAACCCACAGAAGUCCAAACACCAAGGGGUCAGGAGAGCUAAGUGGCAUUUGGGAAUCCGGAGUCAAAGUCGUCCUAAUGAUAUUAUGGCAGAAGUUUGCCGAGCAAUCAAGCAGUUGGAUUAUGAGUGGAAGGUUGUAAAUCCAUACUAUUUGCGUGUUCGACGGAAAAAUCCAGUGACUGGCACAUAUUCCAAAAUGAGCCUGCAGUUGUACCAGGUGGACAGUAGGACGUAUCUACUGGACUUUCGCAGCAUUGAUGAUGAAAUUACUGAAGGAAAGUCCGGGACCACCACUCCACAGAGGUCAGGCUCUGUGACUAACUACAGAUCUUGUCAGAAGGAUUCGGACACUGAGGCUCAAGGAAAAUCCUCUGAUAUGUCUCUUACCUCAUCGGUGACCUCUUCCCUCGACUCUUCUGCAGCUGAGUUAACCCCGAGAUCAGGGAGCCACACGAUAGAAUUUUUUGAGAUGUGUGCAAAUCUAAUUAAAAUCCUUGCACAAUGAUUUGUAAGAUUGGUUUAAUUUUUUUUACAGCAAUAAGCAUGCCUAAAGGAAAAAAAAAUCGUAGUCAAAUGCUUCCAAUUAUAAUCGAAUACAGUUAACUUGGCUCUGAGAUGACUAGCCACAUUGCAAUUUGCACAGAAAUUGAAUACACAAAAAGCAGUCUAGACCUCAUAAUGCAAUGAAGCAAAUUGUGAUUAGACCUCUGAGUUUGGUACAGGUGCAAGAAACUUUACAGGCGUUUUGAGUAGAGUUCAUGUUUUCAUUGUGUACACAUUAGGGACUUCAUGGAGUAUUACAACUGACCAGAAAUAUCUCUUUUUUGUAGUUUAUGUUGCUGAUUAUAUAUUCCUGUUACAGUAUAAAUGGUCACUGGGUAGAUUGGUCCAGUGGUCACUUGGUCCAUGCCACGGGUGACUGUCUUGAUCUCAUCCUUCAGUAGCAUCUUGCUCUAUCAGUAUACGUGUUCUUCUUGUCAAACAGCAGUUGAGACCGCUGGCACAUCUAAGUAUUUGGCAGGGGCGCAAUUAGCUUGAGUGGAAAAAGUCUGGUGUGAGACCCUGCCUUGCUUUGCACCAGUGAAGAGGUUGGAAAGUCCAAAGUCAAGUCAGUGUCCAAAGACACUACUUGAAUUUUCCAUCAGGCAUAGAAGUGAAAGCUGUGUAAGUCCUAACUAAAUACAACCACAAACAGUAUUGGGUUCAGUAGUAAGGUGGGGAUGUAGAAUUGGACCCAAGGGCAACUCUAGACUUGCUUUCCUUCCAACUACAGCCAUGGGUCAAAGUAUUUCUGAGACUGAGCAGAGUUUCAGAAGGACUUGGUGGCAUAGGGGUGAACCGUUCAAGGGAGAGAGUCAAAAAUGUCUUUGGAGAGCAACAAGCCCCUUCUUUGAGCUUGAGCAGGGGCUUCAGCUGGGAGCUGUAUGCAGGCAAAGAAAAACACUUCCCAGCUUCUGGUGCAAGAGAUGUAUAAAGAUCAAGCCAUACUGGAUAAGAAUCACUACUGUGUAGAUUCCAUUUGUUAUAGUGGUAGCCUAGGCAGCAGCUUCUUGCAUGCUACUGUAAGAUGUGGUUCCUGUGCUGUGCCUGAACCCAAUGAGCACGCGGAUUGGUGCAUGCCAUUCUGAAAUCUGGCACUGAGAAUUAUCAGUGGCUCCUGCUUUUUUUAUGCAUCUCACAGCUUUUUGGCAGAUUUAGGGGGUGGUUUUGGCCUUGCCUAUGCAUAAUCACUUUUUUUACAUCACUUUUUGAUACUGAAUUAAGCUUUUUCUUUCUUUCAAGAAACAAGAUGUUAGACUUGAUUUAGUUUUCAAGUUUGCAACAGCCCCUUAAAUAAAAAUAAAUGAGCAGGCUUAACCACUAGCCACCUGCUUGGGGGAUUUUUAAAUUUGGCAAGUUUUACUCCAGGGAAGGCUUGACUUUUUAAAAAGUAAGUUAAAAAUAGAGAAGAAAAUGCAGACAGAAAUAAGUGUUUUCUGGCAGUCUGGCCUGGUGCACACGUCGCAUGCAACCACAGCCAGUGCUAACCUUGGUUUGCUGCCUUAACCUUGGCUGAGCCCCCAAAUGUACAAUAAAACUGCAAUUUCAGGAUGUCCCCUGCCCCCAGAGGCCUGCUUUUACCUUGUGAGUGUAAAUGUGUGGAAAACUGGCUUAACUGUGGUUUACUUGGUGUAGCUAUAGCGCCUAACUGAUGCAAAUCCUUAUCAGUCUAUGACUUCAUGUUCUUGUUUAUAGCCAUCCUUAAUCCUCCUUUGGUGGGGGGUUAGACAGUCUCAAAACCUCAUGGUUAAAGAAAGCAAACCAUUGUUUAGUGCCACAUCUGCAGAGGGUGUAUUGCUUGUGCAGAUGCCAUACCGCACAACAUUUUUAAUCUCAGCUUUGGAAGUUGGCAGCGUUUUAGUUUCAAAAUAUUCAUAAAGAGUGCAUUGAUAAGCCCUUAGAUCUAGAUGUGAAGUAUCUCUUUAUAUCACUGGACAGUUGUAUCCAUGGAACUUUUAAAAAGUUCCAGAAACUGGUACUGUUGUACAUCUCUCAUGUUUGAGAGUGGGUCUGCGGUGAAAGAGGUUCUGCUGGCAGUGGGACAGCAGGUGCAAAACAGUGAGUUGCAGUGAUCCAGUGUCCAGUGAUCUAGAUCUGCUGAGUGUGUUGACAUCUACCGCUUCAAUAUGCAGUGAGCUGAAAGAGACGUGUAGCUACUUACGCCCAGAUCUGCUGCUUAAAUUUAGGGCUUGCACUGGAUUCUUGUUGGUGUCAGAAUUAAUAGAAGUUGGGCCUUACGCAUUCUGUAGGAACUCAAAUCCCACAGCGGCUUUUAGAAUCACUGGUUUCUCAUAUACAUUCAGAGGUCUGCUUAUGUUAACACUUUUCGCAGCUCUUCAAACCACAAUAAUGUUACUUUCCAGAAUGCAACAUCUUUAAAAUGUAGUUUGAAAUAGCAGUCUUUAAUGUGUACUUCAUAUGGAAAGUGUAUGUGUAUCUGUGUGAGAGAGACAAGAAAGGGGGGGAAGUGUGUUUUAAAGAAAACGUUAAGUAUGUAGUACUGCUCUGAUAACCAUAAUAAAAAAUUUUCUUACGGUGGGGGGAUGGGGACCAUGUCAUAGUCCUAUCUUUUAGUUUUUAAAAAGCAUUGUUAUGUCUAGUUCUUGCUGCACCUGUUCAAUAAUUGUUAUUUUUUUUUAGUUAUGCUGUGUUUAAUUUUGAAAUUGUUACUAUUGCACUUGGCAAAUGGCAUAAAACGCACACUUUUAAAAAUUGCUGGGUAGUCUCCUAGGAAAGUGUUCAGUGUUACACAAGCUCUAUCUUUGGCACACAUUACUGGACACAAGCUGUAAGUGCUAUUGCUGCACAUGGCCUGUUAGUUUUUAGGUGGCCCGCGGCUGGAUUGUAUAUGCUUUUACUCUAAAGUAAGUCCCAUGGAGUUCAGUACGGGACUACAUAAGCCUUGAAGGGUUUGCCAUGAGCCCCUCUUGAGAAUACUGAAAAGCGGGCACCAGCAGCACUUGCUGGAUUGUGUCUAGUGUUGUCUGUUUGGAAAAUGUCAUGGUACAACUGAUAUUAAUCUUAUGGAUCUAUGUAUCUAUAUAUGCUCGGUCCUUUUGUUCUUAAAGCAACCAGGCUUUAACUUUACUUUGGUAUAUAGAUGUUAAACUACAUGGCAGGAAGGUACUGUGUGCCUGUUCUUAAAUGGAGUCAGUUUUAAUUUUUUAAAAUUGCUUUCGGCCAUCAAAUGUUCCCUUUUUUAUUGAGUUUUUAAAAUAUUUUUUCAUAGCAGGGGCUGUCCAAUGUGUGGCGUUCAAGCAAAAAAAAAUAAUCACUUUUUCAUAACUUUUUUACACUUACAAGAAAUAUUAAGGUUGGAAUGAUUUUUUUUUACCAGACCUUUAUACGGUCUUGUAGUGGAGGCUUAAAAUUGAAUUUUUUUAGUAUUACAUUAGAACAUGGCAGUAGAUGGUCACAUAGCCAGAGUUUUUGUACGGAAUUGUUAAGAAAAAGGGCUUGCUUAACUGCAUCUUCAAAAGCUUAAAAAAAAAUCAAAGGGAGUAUUGUGUAACUAGCCAAGUACCUUUUGAAAAGUAGUAUUUCUUCAAGUUUGUCCCAGUGGCAAAUCCCUUUGAAUGAUUUGUUUUGUUAUGAUUCGUAACCGGCUAGGGCAGUUAAUCUGUCCGCGUGCAAUGUAUUUGGACACUGGUAAGAAGGUAGAAGUCCAUCUUUGUGGUGCAAUACUUCCAAGACCAACUUUCAGAUACGUUCCAGCAUAUUAAGCGUUUCAGUACAAGCUUUUGAGAGACUUAACUUUGUCAAUCAAUUUACCAUUCUGUAGCUUAAGAAACUGAUGACCACCUUCUCUUACAAACAAGAUGUGCCUACUUCUAUUGCGGAUUUUUUUUUUUGGCAAUACUGAAUGAAAAACUGCUUGUGAUAGCUGUAUGACUUGUUACUUUUAACAAACAUUA